AGUGGCAACCAAAAAAGAAACGAGCUGCCUUUUUUCGCACAUAAAAAUCAAUCGGAAAUAUAUAAAACUUGCUACAAUUGCAACAAUUAAAUAGAUAUAUAUGCAAAAGCUAAACAGCAACAAAAGUUGUUGUUGCUGCUGCUGCGCUGUCGCCGUGCGAACGAUCCUUGUUGGCUACGGGUCUUACAUGCGUUCCCGUGCUCUGGUGGCCAACUAAAUAAUGUGGAACAUGAUGUGCGACGUAAUGCCCACAAUAUCGGAAGACAGCAUAUCGCAGCGCUCCUCGCAGUUCAGCGGCGAAGAUGCGAACUUUGAGCAGCUGAUGGUGUCCAUGCUCGAUGAGCGGGACAAGCUAAUGGAUAGUUUGCGCGAGGCGCAGGAGCGUUUGGGCGAAACGGAGGUGAAGCUGCACGAAGUGGAAAAGGAGCGGGACAGCUUACAGCGUCAAAUCAAUGCCAAUCUGCCGCAGGAGUUCGCUACGCUCACCAAGGAGCUGACGCAAGCGCGCGAAACUCUGCUGGAACGUGAUGAAGAAAUCGGAGAGCUUAAAGCGGAGCGCAACAAUACGCGGCUGCUGCUGGAACAUUUGGAGUGCUUGGUGUCGCGACAUGAGCGAUCGCUGCGCAUGACCGUCGUGAAGCGACAGGCGGCCGCGCAGAGCGGCGUCUCCAGCGAAGUAGAGGUGCUCAAAGCGCUCAAAUCUCUGUUCGAGCAUCACAAGGCUCUGGACGAGAAAGUGCGCGAACGUCUGCGUCUGUCCAUCGAGAAGAACAAUGCGCUGGAGGAAGAGCUGAAUACAACCAAAGAGGAGCUAAACCAAUAUAAAACUGGCGCUUUGCAAAGCGGUGGCGGUAUUAGCUCGGGAAGCGCAGCAACCGGAGAAAAUGGCAUCAAAGAGAAGCUGGCUGGCGGCAACGGCGGCGGGGUCAACGGCGAUGCGAGCGAAAUAAACGAAUAUGCGGCCAAAACACACGAGCUACAAACGAUCAUCGAGAAGCAGACCUCUGAAUUGUCGCAAUGGCAGCGUCGCGUCUCCGAUCUGAACAAUAAGAUUAAUGAGCUGGAAGAGAAUCUGUCGCGUGUGCAAAAGGAGCAUUGCAAGGCGCAGGAUCAAUGCUCGAAGCUCCAGCGAGAUUUGCGCGAAAAUGUGGCACAAAAGGAAGAUCAGGAGGAGCGCAUAGCUACGCUGGAGAAACGUUAUCUUAAUGCUCAACGGGAGUCCACCUCGCUGCACGAUCUGAACGAGAAACUGGAGCAGGAACUGCGGCACAAGGAGGCACAGCUAAAGCUGCACGAAGAGAAAAUCAGCGCCAUCGAAGAGAAACUCGAACUCUCAGAGCAAAAGCUAGCCCAACAUGCCAAACUGCAGCCGGAUAUGGAGGAGCAGCUAAAGGCGCGCAUGGAGGCAUUGACAAAGGCUCAAGAACGUCAUGGCUCGGCGGAGGAUCGCAUACGGGGCUUGGAAGCGAAUUUGGAUGAGAAGAACGCCGAGGUGGUAAGACUGAAUCAGCGUCUCAAAAUGAAUGAAGAGCACAAUUUGCGGUUGUCAUCGACGGUGGACAAGCUCCUGUCCGAGUCCAAUGAGCGACUGGAGGUGCAUCUGAAGGAGCGCAUGCGUGCGCUGGAUGAGAAGAAUGCGCUGACGCAGGAGCUGGAGAAGGCGCGCAAGGUGGCCGAGGAGCUGCACCAUGAGAAGAGCGAAAUCAUGAAGGAGCUGUCCAAGACGCGCCUCGAAAUCGAGAAUUUCAAGCGUCAACUGCUCCAGCAGGAGAUCGCCUACAAUAUACAGCAGACGGAGGCACUGACUCGCAGCCUCUCGCCCAGCAGUGUGGUGGAUGGUGGGGGUAACGCCUUCACACGCAGCACAUCCCAUGCCAGCUUCGAGACGCAUUCGCUGCGACGGUCGAGUAAAUCGCGCCUGUCCGAGGAGAAUGCUCUGGCCCGCUCGAUGGCCGAGCAGGAGUGGGAGAAGCUGCAAAUGCAGCAGGUGGCGCAUGCCCAGCAGCAGGCGUACGAGCUGGCGGCCAGUGUGGGCGAUUGCGAUGACAGCGAUGCGAUGUAUGCCGCUGCCACGGAUAUGAUGUCGCCCUCCGGCCAUACAGAUGCCCAAACGCUGGCCAUGAUGCUGCAAGAGCAGCUGGAUGCCAUCAAUAAUGAGAUUCGCCUCAUCCAGGAGGAGAAACAAUCGACAGAGGCGCGCGCCGAAGAGCUGGAGUCGCGCGUCGGCAGUUUGGAGCAUGUGAAUCUAUUGGCACGCGGUCGUUCCAUGGACAGACAAAGUCCGCCCAUGAGCGGACGCAGUACGCCCAAUAGUCCACAGCGCGAUUUCAUGCAGAAAUACCAUACGCUUAACUUGCCAGUGCUGUCCAGUGAUGCAUCGCGGGAGGAGCUGCACGGCGGCAUGUCCACCACCGGUGAUUCGAGUUCAGGCGGCGCUGCCUCGCCAUUGACGGCACGUUCGAUGCGCUUGGAGCGCGUCGCCCAGGCGCUCGCCCAUAGCCAGGAGGAGCUGCGUCGCCGCACAAUGGUGCCCGCUGCCUCGCCGCAUGUGAAUGCUCACAUGACGUUGUCCUCGCACGGCUAUGGGCUGUCGCCGCUCAGCUCGCGCUAUGGCAGCCAAGAGUCACUGCGUCACUAUAAUACAAUGGGUUCCAUGUCCAUGCUGCAGACGCCGACGUCGGGCGUGUCGAGGGAAGCAGCUGCCGCCGCUGCCGUGCAAAAGAAGAAGGGCAUUAAGUCUUCGCUGGGUCGUUUCUUUAGCAAAAAGGAGAAGGUGAAGGGCGUUAAGGACACGCUGCCAGAUGGUUCACCCAGCAUGAUGUCUAUAGGCAAUCUGUCGAUGGGCUUGAGCGAGGUGGAUUCCAACUACGAUGUCAUGAGCAUGACGGGCGGCAUGAUGCCGCGUAUAGCCAGCGCGCCAGGCUCGAAGAUCAGCAGCGUCGACUAUGGCAGGCAAAAGAAAGAUCACGAUUACCGCAACGAUCUGCUGGGCGAGGCCAUGAAAGCGGGCACGCCAUUCGCCCUGUGGAACGGACCAACCAUUGUCGCCUGGCUGGAGCUGUGGGUAGGCAUGCCCGCCUGGUAUGUGGCCGCCUGUCGCGCCAAUGUCAAAUCCGGUGCUAUCAUGAGCGCACUUAGCGACACGGAGAUACAGCGGGAAAUAGGUAUUAGUAAUCCCCUACACAGGCUCAAACUACGUUUGGCCAUACAGGAAAUGGUUUCACUAACUUCACCCUCAGCUCCGCAAACAUCACGCACUACACUGGCGUUUGGGGACAUGAAUCACGAGUGGAUUGGCAACUACUGGCUGCCCGGGCUGGGGUUGCCUCAAUAUCGCACAACCUUUAUGGAGUGUCUAGUCGAUGCACGCAUGCUGGAUCAUUUGACCAAGAAGGAUUUGCGUGGCCAGUUAAAAAUGGUUGAUAGCUUUCAUCGCACCAGCCUGCAGUAUGGCAUCUCAAUGCUCAAGCGCUUGAACUAUGAUCGCACCGAGCUGGAGCACAGGCGCAAGAUGAGCGAGAACGGCCUGUGCGAUGUGCUCGUGUGGAGCAAUGAGCGUGUCAUACGAUGGGUGAGCAGCAUAGGGUUGAAGGAAUAUGCCAAUAACUUGCUCGAAUCGGGCGUCCAUGGUGGUCUGAUGGCGCUGGAUGAGGGCUUCGAUGCCAAUGCCAUGGGCCUAGCUUUGCAAAUACCCACGCAAAAUGCACAGGCACGCCAAAUACUCGACACAGAGUUCCGAAACUUGCUACAAAUUGCCACAGAUCGCAGGCCGGAUAGCGAACAGCGUAGCGCAUCCUGAUGCAGUUAUAGUCCGCCUACAACACCGGUGGAUGAGUAAACCAAGUCUAAAAUGAAAUGAAACAAGCCAAGGGCAGCGCAACAGCCAAGCACAGCGCCAAUAUUUCCUAAACGCUGAGAAAGACAACUGAAAAUGGGAAUGAAAUGUAUGGGAA